GGUGGGAGCCGCCGAGGGGCGAGGCCGCCCGCGGGGGCGCCAGGCGGCGGGCACUGCGCCGCGCCCCUGUCCGCGGUGCGCGCUCACGGUGCGCACCGGGCGUCCUCGGCUCCCUCGCGCCCCGCCUGCUCGGGCCCUACCUGCGGCGGCCGUCGGGGGCGCGGAGCCCCCAGCGCUGCCGAGCCGCAUGAACAAUAGGCGGCGGCGGCUCCCGCGGGCGGCCGCCCCGCACCCUAUGGACCGGCCGCUCCAUGGAGUCCUCCAGAUCGCUUCUCGGCUGCCUGGCGAGCGCCGCUGCCGCCCCGCCGGGGGAGGAUGCCACGGGCGCAGGGGCCGAGGAAGAGGAGGACGAGGAGGAGGCGGCGGCCGAGCUGGGAUCUCACGCCGCGCUGCCCUACUGGACGGCGGUGUUCGAGUACGAGGCGGCGGGCGAGGACGAGCUGACCCUGCGGCUGGGCGACGUCGUAGAGGUGCUGUCCAAGGACUCGCAGGUAUCCGGCGAUGAGGGCUGGUGGACCGGACAGCUGAACCAGCGGGUGGGCAUCUUCCCCAGCAACUACGUGACCCCGCGCAGCGCCUUUUCCAGCCGCUGCCAACCCGGCGCGGAGGACCCCAGCUGCUACCCGCCCAUUCAGCUGUUAGAGAUUGAUUUUUCGGAGCUAACCCUGGAGGAGAUCAUCGGCAUUGGGGGCUUUGGGAAAGUUUAUCGUGCUUUCUGGGUAGGCGACGAGGUCGCCGUGAAAGCAGCUCGUCAUGACCCUGAUGAGGACAUCAGCCAGACCAUAGAGAAUGUUCGCCAAGAGGCCAAGCUCUUUGCCAUGCUGAAGCACCCGAACAUCAUUGCCCUCAGAGGGGUGUGCCUGAAGGAACCCAACCUGUGCUUGGUCAUGGAGUUUGCUCGUGGAGGGCCUUUGAACAGAGUAUUGUCUGGGAAGAGGAUUCCUCCGGACAUCCUGGUGAACUGGGCUGUGCAGAUCGCCAGAGGGAUGAACUACCUACAUGAUGAGGCAAUCGUCCCCAUCAUUCACCGAGACCUUAAGUCUAGCAACAUACUGAUCCUGCAGAAGGUGGAGAACGGAGACCUGAGUAACAAGAUUCUGAAGAUCACUGACUUUGGGCUGGCUCGGGAAUGGCACCGGACCACCAAGAUGAGUGCAGCGGGGACAUACGCUUGGAUGGCACCCGAAGUCAUCCGUGCUUCUAUGUUUUCCAAAGGCAGCGAUGUGUGGAGCUAUGGAGUGCUGCUGUGGGAACUGCUGACGGGCGAGGUCCCCUUCCGAGGCAUUGAUGGGUUAGCAGUGGCUUACGGAGUGGCCAUGAACAAACUCGCCCUUCCUAUUCCUUCUACGUGUCCAGAACCUUUUGCCAAACUCAUGGAAGACUGCUGGAAUCCAGACCCCCACUCACGCCCAUCUUUCACAAGUAUCCUGGACCAGCUGACGACCAUAGAAGAGUCUGGUUUCUUUGAGAUGCCCAAGGACUCCUUCCACUGCCUGCAGGAUGACUGGAAACAUGAGAUUCAGGAGAUGUUUGACCAACUCAGGGCCAAAGAAAAGGAGCUCCGCACCUGGGAGGAGGAGCUGACGCGGGCUGCGCUCCAGCAGAAGAACCAGGAGGAGCUGCUGCGGCGAAGGGAGCAGGAGCUGGCUGAGCGGGAGAUCGACAUCCUGGAACGAGAGCUCAACAUCAUCAUCCACCAGCUGUGCCAGGAAAAGCCCAGGGUGAAGAAACGCAAGGGCAAGUUCAGGAAGAGCCGACUGAAGCUCAAAGACGGCAACCGCAUCAGCCUCCCCUCCGAUUUUCAGCACAAGUUCACCGUGCAGGCCUCCCCAACCAUGGAUAAAAGGAAGAGUCUGAUCAGCAGCCGCUCGAGCCCUCCUGCAAGCCCCACCAUCAUCCCCCGCCUCCGAGCCAUCCAGUUGACACCAGGAGAAAGUAGUAAAACCUGGGGCCGGAGCUCAGUUGUCCCAAAAGAGGAAGGGGAAGAGGAGGAGAAGAGGGCUCCAAAGAAGAAAGGCCGGACGUGGGGACCAGGAACACUUGGUCAAAAAGAGCUCACCUCAGGAGAUGAAGGCCUCAAGUCCCUGGUAGAUGGAUACAAACAGUGGUCAUCCAGUGCCCCCAACCUGGGGAAGGGCCCAAGGAGUAGCCCUGCCCUGCCUGGUUUCACCAGCCUUAUGGAGAUAGAGGAUGAGGAUAGUGAAGGCCCAGGAAGUGGAGAGAGUCAUCUACAGCAUUCACCCAACCAGUCCUACCUCUGUAUCCCGUUUCCUCGUGGAGAGGAUGGGGAUGGCCCCUCUAGUGAUGGCAUUCAUGAGGAGCCCACCCCAGUCAACUCAGCCACCAGUACCCCUCAGCUGACGCCAACCAACAGCCUCAAGCGCAGUGGAACCCACCAUCGGCGCUGUGAGGUGGCUCUGCUUGGCUGUGGAGCUGUUCUGGCAGCCACAGGCCUAGGGUUUGACUUGCUCGAAGCCGGCAAGUGCCAAUUGCUUCCCCCAGAGGAACCUGAGCCACCAGCCCGGGAGGAGAAGAAGAGGCGAGAGGGUCUUUUCCAAAGGGCCAGCCGCCCUCGUCGGAGCACCAGCCCCCCUUCCCGAAAGCUCUUCAAGAAGGAAGAGCCAAUGAUGUUGCUAGGAGACCCCUCUGCCUCCUUGACACUGCUAUCUCUCUCCUCCAUUUCUGAAUGCAACUCUACUCGCUCCCUGCUGCGCUCUGAUAGUGAUGAGAUUGUGGUGUAUGAAAUGCCAGUCAGCCCAGUUGAAGCUCCGCCCCUAACCCCAUGCACUCACAACCCCCUGGUUAAUGUCCGAGUGGAGCGCUUCAAGAGAGACCCCAACCAGUCCCUGACUCCCACCCAUGUCACCCUCACAGCCCCCACGCAGCCCAGUGGUCACAGGCGGACUCCUUCCGAUGGGGCACUUAAGCCAACAGCAGCCCCCCCAGCACUAGCCAGCAGGAGCCCCUCCAGCAAUGGGAUGAGCCCCAGUCCUGGGACAGGAAUGUUGAAAACUCCCAGUCCCAGCCGAGACCCAGGUGAAUUCCCCCGUCUCCCUGACCCCAAUGUGGUCUUUCCUCCAACUCCAAGGCGCUGGAACACACAACGGGACUCUACCUUAGAGAGACCCAAGACCCUGGAGUUUCUGCCUCGGCCACGUCCUUCUGCCAACCGGCAGCGGCUGGACCCUUGGUGGUUUGUGUCUCCCAGCCAUGCCCGCAGCACCUCCCCAGCCAACAGCUCUAGCACGGAGACACCCAGCAACCUGGACUCCUGCUUUGCCAGCAGCAGCAGCACUGUAGAAGAGCGGCCUGGACUUCCAGCCCUGCUCCCCUUACAGGCAGGGCCACAGACUCCCGCUGAGCGGACGCUUCUGGACCUGGACGCAGAGGGACAGAGCCAGGACAGCACUGUGCCCCUGUGCAGAGCUGAACUGAACACACAUGGGCCUUCCUCUUUUGAGAUCCAGCAGGAGUUCUGGUCUUAGUGUACAAAGGGUCAGGGUGGGCAAGGGGGAAGCCGGAGGAGAUAGAGGGAGCUGGCUGGCACAGCCCUAUCUCAGUUAGGACCCCUGGGAUCCAGACCUCCUCCUUGCACUGAGAAUGCACUUUGAAGACGGGAGGGAUGGAAGCAGGGAAACUUCAGAGGGUCUCCUGCCCUGUAGGAUCAGUUUUUCCAUGUUCACUGGAGGGGCUUUGUCAGCUCUGGCUGUGUAGGAGAGGGAGGGGUCCAUGCAUGUCUCCACCCUCUGGUCUUCCUCACCUUUAGGGUGACACUGCAGAGUCAUUCAGCCAAAUCUGUCCACUGCCUCUUCUCAGCCAGAGCUGUCCUGAAGUCCUUUGUCAGCCCGGAGUUCUGCACACCAGUACUGAUGUUCUCUGAUUGAUCUGGCGUGUUUUCCACUCUUCCCAUGGCUCAGUGUCUCUUUUGGUAUGCAACGAG